GCCGGGGAUGCUGGGCUCCGUGAAGAUGGAGACCCACGAGCUGGCCGACUGGAGCGCCUACUACCCCGAGGCCAACGAGGUCUACCCAGCCGUAGGUGCCAUGCCGCCCAGCCUGAGCCCCGUCAACUCCUACAUGACCCUGAGCCCGCUGGCCACCCCAGCCGCCCUGAACAUGCCCUACGGCCCCGGAGGGCUCACCUCCUCGCCGCUGCCCGGGCUGGGCCCGCCCCCCGCCAGCCCGCUGGGGCUCCCGGCCACCGCCGCGGCCACCGCCGGCCCGGGCCUGGCCCCGUUGGGGCCCCAGCCCCCCGCCGCCCCGCUCGGCCCUCUUGUGCCCUACCCAGGCGCGGGGCCACCGGCCGGACCCCCGGGGCUGGCCUACCCGGCGGGGGUGGCACGCCCCAAGGACGCGGGCGCCAAGACCUACCGCCGGCCGCUGGCUCACGCCAAGCCGCCGUACUCCUACAUCUCGCUCAUCACCAUGGCCAUCCAGCAGGCGCCCGGCAAGAUGCUGACGCUCAACGAGAUCUAUCAGUGGAUCAUGGACCUGUUCCCCUACUACCGUGAGAACCAGCAGCGUUGGCAGAACUCUAUCCGCCACUCGCUGUCCUUCAACGACUGCUUCGUCAAGGUGGCCCGCUCUCCGGACAAGCCCGGCAAGGGCUCCUACUGGGCGCUGCACCCCGGCUCGGGCAACAUGUUCGAGAACGGCUGCUACCUGCGGCGCCAGAAGCGCUUCAAGAUCGACGACAAGGCCAAGAAGCCGCCCGGCGCCAAGGUGGCCGAGGGCGGGGAGGGGCCGGGGCCGGCCGGGGCCGGGGAGGGGGCCGAGCCCGAGCCGGCGGAGCUGCCGGCGGGGGCCGCGGAGGACUCCCCGCCCCGGGCCUCCCCCCGGGCUUCGCCGGCCGCCCUGGGCGCCCCCCACUACUUCCCCGGCCUGGACCUGGUGGGCGACCUCAAGAUGGACGCCCAGUACAACUUCAAUCACCCGUUCUCCAUCACCAACCUCAUGUCCUCCGAGCAGGGCAGCAAGGUGGACCUGAAGGGCUACGAGCAAGCCCUGGCCUACGGCAGCUACGGCCCCUCCCCGGCGGCCACGGCCUCCGCCGCCGCCGCCGCCACGGCCGCGGAUGCCAAGCUCGGCUACGAGGCGGCCGCGGCCCCGCUCGGGGAGGCUGGGACUUACUACCAGAGCCUGUACACCCGCUCUCUGCUCAAUGCCUCCUAACGGAGCCGGGAGAGGAGUGGGGUCCCGGAAGGUCAAUGGAGGAGGUUGGGGAGGCGGCCGGGGGCGCGCCCAGUGUCCGGCCCAAGCGGGAAGGGGGCCGGGACUCAUUCUCUCUUCCCGCGAUCGCCCCAUCCACCACCACCGUGGUCAUUUUGGCAGCCGUGUUACGACGACAGGGGAUGGGGAUGCUGGGGUGCGGGGAGGGGGAGAUGUGGAAGGGAAGGAUCUCAGUUACUUGCCCUGAACCCCCAAACGCUGGAUGAGGGAGCCGGGGUGGGAUGACCUUCCUCUUUCCACCCCGCCCCGGCCCCCUCUCCCCGCCGGGGCCCUAGGUUUCUAUUUAAGCGUCUUCUGAAGUGGCGGUGGGCGG